AUGUCUGUCGUCUCGCUCUUGGGUGUUAAUGUUUUGAACAACCCUGCCAAAUUCACCGACAAGUACGAGUUUGAGAUCACAUUCGAAUGCCUCGAGCAGCUUGAGAAGGAUCUUGAGUGGAAGCUCACCUAUGUUGGAUCCGCUACUAGCGAUCAGUACGACCAAGAACUCGACUCCCUUCUCGUCGGCCCUAUCCCUGUCGGCGUCAACAAAUUCGUCUUUGAGGCCGACGCUCCUAAUACCUCUCGCAUUCCCGACGCUGAAAUCCUCGGCGUCACCGUCAUUCUUCUGACCUGCGCCUACGAUGGACGUGAAUUCAUUCGCGUCGGCUACUAUGUCAACAACGAAUAUGACUCCGAAGAGCUGAACGCUGAGCCCCCCGCCAAACCUAUCAUUGAGCGCGUGAAGCGAAACGUCCUGGCUGAGAAGCCCCGAGUGACUCGAUUCGCCAUUAAGUGGGACUCUGAGGCUUCUGCCCCCGCAGAAUACCCUCCUGAGCAGCCCGAGGCUGACCUGGUCGCCGAUGGUGAUGAAUACGGUGCUGAGGAGGCCGAGGAGGAGGCCGCUGAAGAAGCUGCUGAGGAGGAAGCCAAGUCCAAGGCCAAGGCCACCAAUGGAGAAGAUUCAGAGAUGGCUGGUAUUGAGAACGAGGAAGAGAACGCCGCCGAUGAGGACGAGCUGUCGGACGACGGCAGUGUCGACAUUGAGGGCGAAAGUGAGGAUGAGCUUGAGGAGGAGGAGGGUGAAGGCGAGGCUGAGGCCGAUGGUGAUGCUAUGGAGGUCGACAGCACUGAGAAGCCCGCAGCGUCAACAGCCAAGCCCGUCAGCGUCGCGUCCUAA